CGUAUUUAAGACGAUGUGGCGUAGUGCAGUGUUCAGUCUUCACCAUGGAUUGGUUGAAGGUGGUAAUUAUCGGUGCGGUGCUGGGCAUCGCGACGACGGCGCGGCGCUUCCCCGCUGGGUUCAAGCUGGGCUCCGCCACCGCUGCCUACCAGGUCGAGGGCGGCUGGAAUGCCAGCGACAAAGGGGAGAGCAUCUGGGACCGCUUCGUGCACUCCAGGCCGGAGGUCAUUAGCGACCGCAGCAACGGCGACGUGGCUUGCGACUCUUACCACCGCUGGAGGGAGGACAUCCAGCUGCUGGUGGACCUCAACAUGGACUUCUACAGAUUCUCGAUAGCCUGGCCGCGAGUGCUGCCGACCGGGUUCCCGAAUCGCGUCAGCAAGGAGGGCGUCCGGUACUACAGUGACCUGAUAGACGGGCUGCUGGAGAAAGGCAUAGAGCCCUUGGUCACCCUGUACCACUGGGACCUGCCGCAGCCUCUCCAGGACUUAGGAGGCUGGACCAACCCGCAGAUCGUAGACUGGUUCACAGACUACGCGCGCGUGGUGUUCGAGCUGUUCGGGGCCCGCGUGAACACCUGGCUCACCAUCAACGAGCCGCAGUCGAUCUGCGAUGGCGGGUACAGCGGCCUGCUCGCCCCGGGGAUGGAGUCCGCGCAGCGGGGGGCGUAUCUGUGCACAAAGCAUGUGCUGCUAGCGCACGCGAAGGCCUACAGGCUGUAUGAGAAAGAAUUUAAGCCUAAGUAUGUAAAAGGGCAGGUGUCGCUCACCAACCACAUGAUGUGGUACGAGCCGGAGACCGAUCAGGACGUCGAGCUCACGGAACUCGUUAAAGACUAUUCGAUCGGUCGCUACUCCCACCCCAUCUUUUCGGCUGCGGGGGGCUGGCCACCGGCGCUGGAGCGCUACAUAGCACAGAAGAGCAGAGAAGAAGGCGAGCCGCGCUCCAGGCUGCCGCCUUUCACGCAGGAAGAGAUAGAGCUGAUCAGGGGUUCAUACGACUACUUGGGGCUGAAUCACUACACGACGAAGACAGUGCGCGCCGCGGCGCCGGGCGAGGACACCGGCACAUUCAUCACCGGAGGCACCAAGGAGGUGGCGGUCAAGCUCGGCGUCCGGCCUGAGUGGCCUACUGCCACGUCAACCUGGCUCAGUAUUUAUCCCGAGGGUUUCCGCUCCCUGCUGUCGUACAUCAAACAGCAGUACGGCAACGUGAAGAUCUUCAUCAUGGAGAACGGAGUGUCAGGCUCCGGGGAGGAGCUGGAUGACCAGAACAGAGUCGACUACUACCGGGACUACUUGGCACAGGUGCUGCUGGCCAUUGAGCAGGACGGAGUGGACGUGGUGGGCUACACCGCCUGGUCGCUCAUGGACAACUUCGAGUGGAUGGACGGAUACCAGUCUCGCUUCGGGCUGCACCACGUGGACUUCACGUCGCCCUCGCGCACGCGCACGGCGCGGCGCUCUGCGCGCUACAUGGCGGCCGUGGCACGCACCAAGGACAUCGACGCACAAUACCACUUCGACGCACGGAUGGCGGACGAAGGGCAAAACACUGUACAAUUUUGCGUGCGAUUAUCGUUGCCCGCGCCCCUCAAGACCCAACCCCGACUUGGACGUGAAUUCAACAUCUCGUUUCACGAGACUAACUAACUAUGUCUAAAUAUAAGUAUUUUUUUAACUGUUGUAAGUUAAUGUGUUCUUAAAACUCCCAGAAAUUAUAGGUUAGGUAUUCCUACUCAACAUCACAAGUGAUAUUGAUUCUACGAGAAGAAAAAGUAUCCCAACUUUUGUACUAUUGUCUCAACUUGAAUGCACUAACGUUACUUCAAUUCUUUUUAUAUUUAUAUUCACAAGAACGGUUUACACCAAUUACUAAUUACUUUGCUAAGUACUAUGCCAAGUAAUUGCAUAUUUAUAUCACAUUUUGUUAAUACAUUAUCGGUUACCCAGUCAUAUACACAGUCGUACGGUCAUUUACUUCACUCUCUUUCACAGUAGGCGAGGCACCUGCACGUUAGCCUAGGCCAAUGAUCAGCGAAGAUGUCCACUUGUUGAUCCGUGUGCAGGAGUCCGUUCAGUAAGUGUAGCAUGUCGCACAGCGGUGAGUGAUCACUCUAUGAUCACUUAAGGCCGUUCCCUGAGCCAGAAGGCGAAAAAUCUCCUUAUAUGAUCAUAUUUAUCUAAGAGACGUUGAUAUUCGUAGACGUGGAAAAAAUAUAUUUAGUUCUUGAUUAUAUUAUCUUUAAUAACACAGCUUCCGAUACACGAAUUAUGACACUUCACUCGAUACAAUUAAUUCCCAAAGUAACCUCUAACCCGGACUUUUAAUCAAACUUUACUCGGUUAUUUAUUAUGUGACACUAUAAACAAAAAAAGAAGAAAAAAACAAUCUUAACUUAAAUAGUAAUUUGACAGCUUUCGAAUUUCGAUAUUGUUAGGCAACGUUUUUAAAAUAAAUAAAAAUCGACCAAAUUCGUUCAAAAUUGACACUUGGCGCAAAUGUGACAGUGAUAGCGGCAAACCGAUGGAACGGCCUUAAGUAUCUGGAAGUAACGUAAAAAUCGAAAGUAGUAAAAAUUAUAACAAUAUAUAACAGUUAUAUGUGUGUUGUAUGUACACACAUAUAACAUUGAAAGAUUUUUUCUCCUAUAGUCCAUGGGCCAGCCAAGAUAUCGGUAUAAUUUGGUACCCCGAAAUUAUACUAUUUUCCAUAAUUUGGCUAGCUGGCCCAUUAAUUCAAUAGUGCACGUUAUAUUGAGUAGGAAUAACCAAAAAAUUUUGAAGUCACAUACACUUACAAUAACAAAAAAAAAACAUCCUGCACGAAAAGUUACCUAUUUGUACCUAUACUAAUAAUGAUAUACAACUGACAAUAAAUGGUAAUUAAAUAUGAUUUCGUGUCUUAUGAUUAUAUGACUCGCUACGGUGGCACAGAAUAAGUAAUAGUAUUAUCAUAACGGUGGUUCAACCAGGGUCGGAAACCGAUAUUUGCUCCAUACAAAAAUACCGGUAUUAUUACGUUCUUUUUCGUUCUUUUGUUUAUAAUUUCAUUUUUAAUGGGACGUUUUAAUAAUGCAAAAUUGUUUCCUAAAUACAUGAUUCAGUCCUACGUAAUGAGCAUAAAAAAAUUCAAAAUAUCGGGCUAUUUCGGGGUUUAAAAAAAAUACCGGUUCCGAGCCCUGGGUUCAACUUUGGAAUCUUUCGCUUACUUGAGUAUCAAUAUUAGCAUGCAGGCUUGAAUUACCACUUUGCUUCCUUGUUAAGACUGUAUCGUUAAGUAUAAAGACAACUUAGCCGUUUUUUUUGCUAUUAAAUUUUUAUAUAAAAAUUA